CUUCAGUUUCAAAAUGGCGGCGGCCAUUGAGGGGCUUCUCCUGGCUGAUCGUCACCGGCGCUGCUGAACCAACGUCAGCUUUUCUCGCUCUUGAACGUGGAUUCGAUUAGGGGGUUGGGAAGGGCAGUGGACCGCGUUGGGGGAGGACUGAGAGAUAUGUAAAGAAGUCUUCCUUUGAAUUCAUGGUGUUUCAUCCCAAAUACAACUGAGAUACCAAACCUUUUGGAUUGUUGUUGUUGGACUGAAAAAAUGACAUCUAUUAUCAAAUUAACCACCCUUUCUGGGGUCCAAGAAGAAUCUGCUCUUUGCUAUCUUCUCCAAGUUGACGAGUUUAGAUUUUUAUUGGACUGUGGCUGGGAUGAGCACUUUUCUAUGGAUAUUAUAGAUUCCCUGAGGAAGCAUGUUCACCAGAUCGACGCGGUCUUGUUGUCUCAUCCCGACCCCCUCCAUCUUGGCGCCCUCCCCUAUGCUGUUGGAAAGUUGGGUCUGAACUGCGCCAUCUAUGCAACCAUUCCUGUUUAUAAAAUGGGACAGAUGUUCAUGUAUGACCUUUAUCAGUCCCGACACAAUACAGAAGAUUUUACACUCUUUACCCUAGAUGAUGUGGAUGCAGCCUUUGAUAAGAUACAACAGUUAAAAUUCUCUCAGAUUGUGAAUUUGAAAGGUAAAGGACAUGGCUUGUCUAUCACACCUCUGCCAGCUGGUCAUAUGAUAGGUGGAACAAUAUGGAAAAUAGUCAAAGAUGGAGAAGAAGAAAUUGUUUAUGCAGUUGACUUCAACCACAAGAGGGAGAUCCACUUAAAUGGAUGUUCCCUGGAAAUGCUAAGCAGACCCUCCUUACUUAUCACAGACUCAUUUAAUGCUACCUAUGUGCAGCCCAGGAGAAAACAAAGAGACGAGCAGCUUCUGACAAAUGUCCUGGAAACACUUCGAGGUGAUGGAAACGUAUUAAUAGCAGUGGACACUGCAGGCAGAGUUCUGGAGCUUGCUCAACUCCUUGAUCAGAUUUGGAGAACUAAAGAUGCUGGACUGGGUGUUUACUCAUUGGCACUCCUCAAUAAUGUCAGUUAUAAUGUGGUGGAGUUUUCUAAGUCCCAGGUAGAAUGGAUGAGUGAUAAGUUGAUGAGGUGUUUUGAAGACAAAAGAAAUAAUCCAUUUCAGUUUCGUCAUCUCUCUCUAUGUCAUGGUCUUUCUGACUUGGCUCGAGUACCUAGCCCUAAAGUUGUACUUGCCAGCCAACCUGACCUGGAAUGUGGAUUUUCAAGGGAUCUCUUUAUUCAGUGGUGCCAGGACCCUAAAAACUCGAUCAUUCUAACUUACAGAACUACUCCUGGGACUUUAGCACGUUUCCUAAUUGAUAAUCCUUCUGAAAAAGUUACAGAAAUAGAGUUGAGGAAACGUGUGAAACUUGAAGGGAAAGAACUUGAAGAAUACUUGGAAAAAGAGAAACUAAAGAAAGAAGCUGCUAAAAAGCUCGAGCAGUCAAAAGAGGCAGACAUAGAUUCCAGUGAUGAAAGUGACGCUGAGGAAGAUAUUGACCAGCCCUCAGCGCAUAAGACCAAGCAUGACCUGAUGAUGAAAGGUGAAGGCAGUCGUAAAGGAAGUUUCUUCAAGCAGGCUAAAAAGUCUUAUCCUAUGUUUCCUGCCCCAGAAGAAAGAAUUAAAUGGGAUGAAUAUGGAGAAAUUAUCAAACCAGAGGAUUUCUUAGUGCCAGAACUUCAAGCUACUGAAGAAGAAAAAAGCAAAUUAGAGUCUGGCCUGACAAAUGGAGAUGAACCCAUGGAUCAGGAUUUAUCUGAUGUUCCUACUAAGUGUAUUUCUACAACAGAAUCUAUUGAAAUAAAAGCCAGGGUUACUUACAUAGACUAUGAAGGACGCUCUGAUGGGGAUUCCAUUAAAAAAAUCAUCAAUCAGAUGAAACCACGCCAGUUAAUCAUUGUCCAUGGACCACCAGAAGCCAGUCAGGAUCUCGCAGAGUGCUGUCGUGCAUUUGGUGGGAAAGAUAUUAAAGUAUACAUGCCAAAGCUGCAUGAAACAGUCGAUGCCACUAGUGAAACUCACAUCUACCAGGUGAGAUUAAAAGAUUCACUUGUCAGCUCCCUUCAGUUUUGUAAGGCAAAAGAUGCUGAACUAGCUUGGAUAGAUGGUGUCUUAGACAUGAGAGUUUCCAAAGUGGACACAGGAGUUAUUUUAGAAGAAGGAGAACUAAAGGAUGAUGGAGAAGACUCUGAAAUGCAGGUGGAUGCGCCUUCAGAUUCUAGUGUCAUAGCACAGCAGAAGGCCAUGAAAAGUCUGUUCGGAGAUGAUGAGAAAGAAACAGGUGAAGAAAGUGAGAUCAUUCCUACUCUGGAACCUUUACCACCUCAUGAGGUUCCUGGACAUCAGUCUGUUUUUAUGAAUGAACCAAGACUGUCGGACUUCAAACAAGUUCUUUUACGGGAGGGGAUCCAAGCUGAAUUCGUAGGAGGUGUGCUCGUUUGCAACAACCAAGUAGCAGUCCGUAGAACGGAAACUGGACGCAUUGGAUUAGAAGGCUGCCUUUGUCAAGAUUUUUAUAGGAUAAGAGACCUUUUAUAUGAACAGUAUGCCAUUGUGUAAAGGACAUGAUGUCAAAAAGUAUCUGUUUGACCUUUCUAAGAAAAAAGGAUUCUUAUUCUAAGCUUUUGCUUUUUCGUUUUGUAACAUAUAAAAAGAAUCUGCCAGAAAAACUUAACAUACAUUUGAUUUUUAAAAAUGUAAAUAGAAACCAUAUUGCUAAUGCUCAAAUGAGCAUGCUGCCUUUUGGCUUUCAGAGUGUCAGCGAUCCUUACAAGUGCAUAGGCCUUGGAGUUGAAGGUAACUGGCUUCCUUUACAGACCCCUUAUUUUAGAAGGGCUUUUACUUGAAUUAAACAAUGCAACUUAGCAACCCGUUCAUGGCCUUAGAGAAACAUGUUUGCAUGAAUUCUUGCAAACAGUUUCUUAUAUUUUCUGGAAUGAAAAGUAGGAAUUUCUUUUUAAAAGAUGUGCUGUAAAAAAAACAAACUGAUAAAACAGUUUUUUGAGGCCUAUGUAUUUAAAAAACAGAAAAACCAAGAGUAUGUGCUGUAACUCUUGAAUUCCUAUAUGCAGUUUUCUUCAUGUGGAGCCUCUCUUCUCCAUGGCAUGUUUCCCAGUGAUUCAUUUCUGUGAAAUAGGGUACAUUUGGUUUAGAAGUCAGUUUUUAUUUCCCCCAUUUCUUAUUUUAUAAAGAUUUUGUUCCUGUUAUUGUUGUUCAAUUUGAAUUAUAACUGUCAUUUGGAUAUAUGUAAUUGAAAAAAAGCUAGUCUUAAAGGUCUUACAUAUGUUUAAACACAUCUUAACUCACAGCUUGGUUACUGUAUUGGAGACUGUUCAGUGCUUUGCUUUCAGGGGAACAAAUGUUGAACCUCACAUUUUUAUAAGGUAACAGUAUAAUUAAGAGGUGUAAAUGUGUUCAUCUCUUAGGCUCCCUUUCUCCUAAGGUUGCCCAAACAGUGGUUGAAUUUUAUACACGUUGCUACAAAAAUAAUACUGAAGUUGGACAAGACCAUCCUUUCUAUGUUCAUGUCUUUCUUGGGGCCAGCAGCCUUGAUACAAUGUAAACCACUUGUGUUUAAGAGUAAAAACAGUACAUGCAAUUUGCAUUGAACUUAAAAAUGAAAAUCAUGUCACCGUGUUGUAAUCUGUUGGUGCUUUUUUUAGAAUGUAGCGUGAUCAUGACACACCUUGAUGUUUACUUCUUAAUUAUUUAACCCUCCUCUCUCUACACUUCAGCAUUUUUAGAAGAAUCAGUCUUGUUUAACUUAUAUGGAACUAUGCAUAGUACAACCCAGUGAGAUCAGACAAGAAUUAAUAUUUCAUUGUUUCAAAUACUUACAGAGCUCUUACUGCGAGUUAGAUUGCUAAUGCAAAGUUUACAGCCUUCUGGUACUGAAAACCAGAUGCACAAAACAGUGUUACAGGUGAUGAAGAUAAAGGGUAUUUUUUUUUUUUGGUAGAGCUUUGAAAAAAAAUCACUUCAACUCUUACUGCUGAAUAGAGUAAGCCUAGAAAUCUAUUUAUAUUCCAGAGAAAAGAAAGUCUGCACUUGUUUAAUGGCUUAAAGCAUCAGAUUAUACAUAUUACAUUGCAAUACUGAUAUUGAAAAAUCAUUUCUUGCUUUGUCUUUUUAUUGUCCUAUGAACGGGGAUUAAAUUUUAAAGUACUGCUUGAAGAUGGCUGUGCUAACUAAUGUCAAUGCAGGAGCAAUGUUUUCACCUGUUUCUAGAUGACAAUAUUACUAAAAUUUCUAAAAUGAAGACAUUUGUUAAGUCUCAGUUGCUUAAGAAAAAUGUAAAUUUUAAAAAGGAUUCUGAGAUAAAUCAUGAGCUCAGAAGAACUUUCAGAUUAUCAUUUUUCAGAAGCAAACUAAAUACAAUGGACCAUCAAUUGAUAUCUAUAAAUAAUUUGGUUAAAAAGAAAUUUUAUUCUGAGAUUCAUGUCAGUGGGAUUAUAAAUGUCAAAUAUUACAAAUUUUUUUUUAUUUUCAUGAACCAGUAGGUGGCCUGAAACAGAAGUGAGGAAAUCAGUUUUCUAAAGAGGGCCUUUGCCUUUAAAAAUUUUUUUUAGAUACAAUUCACAUCCUUUAAAAUUCACUCUCUUAAAGUAACAUUCAUUGAGGUUUUUUUAGUAUAUUUGCAAAGUUGUGCAACCAUUACCACUGUCUAAUUCCAGAACACUUCAUCACCCCAAAAAGAAACAUCAUACUCAUUAGCAGUCACUCCCCAUUCCUACUUCUCAACUCUGGGCAACCAUUAAUCUGUUUUCUGUGUUUAUGAAUUUACCUAUUCUGGAUAGUUAAAAAAAAUGGAAUCAUACAGUGUGUGGCUUUUUGUGUCUGACUCUUCACCUGGCAUUACUUUCAGAAUUCAUCAAUGGUGUAGCAUGGAUCAGUAGGUUUUUUGUGGCUGAAUAAUACUCCGUGUGGAUGCACCACAUUUUGUUUAGUCCAUUCAUUGGUUGAGAGGCAUUUGGUUUGUUUCCACUUUUUGGCUAUAAUGAAUAAUGCUGCUCUGAAUGAAUAUUUGUGUUCAAGUUCUCGUAUGGGCAUAUGUUUUCAAACUAGAUUGGCAUAUACCUAAAAGUAGACUGGCUGGAUCAUAUGGUAACUCAGUGUAUCCUUUUGAAAAAUUGCCAGACCAUUUUCCAAAGUGGCUGCACCAUUUUCCAUUGCUCCCAGCAGUGUAUGAGGAUUCCAGUUUCUCCAUGGCCUUGGCAGCACUGAUGAACCAUCAUCUUACUUUAGCUAUUUUAGUGUGUAUGAAGAGGUAUCUCAUUGUGGUUUUGAUUUCCAUUUCUCUAAUGACAGAUGAUUUUGAGCUUCUUUCUUGUACUUAUUGGCUGUUUGUGUAUCUUCUAUGGAUAAGUAUCUGUUCAGAUCCUUUGCCUAUUUUUAAAUUGGGUUAUUUAUGUUUUUAUUGUUGAGUUAAAGAGGUUUUUUUUUUUUUUUUUUAGUGUACUCUGGAUACUAAAUCCUUAACGUAUGUGACUUGCAAAUAUUUUUUCACAUUUGUAGACAUUUUUUUCCCUCUCUUGAUGGUGUCUUUUGAAACACAAAACUUAAAUUUUGAUGAAGUCUAAUUUAUCUUUUAUUUUUUAAUUCCUUGUACUAUUGGUGUUGUAUCUUAAAAGCCCAUUGCUUUAUCCAUUGUCACAAAAAUGUAUGCCUAUUUCUUUCCUAAGAGUUUUGUGGUUAAAUAUAGUUCUUAUAUUUAAGUCUUUGAUUCAUUUUGAGUUAACUUUUAUAUAUGAUAUGAGGCAAGGGUCCGAUUUCAUUCUUUUGCACUUGAAUAUCCAGUAGUGCUGGCAUCAUUUGUUGAAAGACUAUUUCCUCAUUAAAUUUUCUUGCCACUUUUGUUGGAAAUCAGUUGCCUGUGAAUAUAUGACUUUCUUCUUAGAGUCUCAGUUCUGUUUCACUGAUCUAUCCACAUCUAUCUGUGGAUAUCUAUCACACAUCUAUCUGUAUGCCAGUACCAGAUUGUUUUGAAUACUAACUGCAUCAAGUUUUUAAGUCAGCAAGUGUACAUCCUCUAACUUUUUUCUCUUUCAAGAUUAUUUAGGCUAUUCUGGUUCCCUAGCAUUUUCAUAUGGAUUUUAGAAUUAGCUUAUCAAUCUCUGCAAAAAAAAGCCCUCUCACUUUUAAUAGGGAAAUAAGCCCUCCAAACUUUUAAUAGUUGGAAUUUAUAACUUAAAAUCUUAGAACAUUAAGGCUGAAUGGGACUGUAGAAUUCAUCUAGUUCGACACACUUAUUUCAGUGUUGAAUGAAUGGGCCUGUGGAAGGGAAGGGAUUUGCUUAAGUCAGAUAGCUGGUCAGAGACAGAGGUGGAAUUGGAACCUAGCCGUCAUAGAGUUCAUUCAUUUGAUACUAAAUGAAUCUAGAACCCUUCUAGAGUCCACUAAUUCAAUACUAAAAUAAGUAUGUUGAACUAGAUUAAUUGUGCAGUCUGAGGUUUUAAGCUGUAAAUUUCAACUACAUUUUUUUUUCCUGCACUGCUGUACUACUCUGGUUCCUUAGUUAUAUUCACUCUGCUUAGGGGGAAUAUGUUCACUUUAUCUGCUGUAAGGACAGUGUGAACAAUAGUUUGCUAAGAGAGGACUGCUUCCAUCCUGUGUAGUGGCCAGUAAAGGUGGGCCGGGCGGGGUGGGGCAGAUAGGGUGGGGACGGGAAGGGUGAGUGUCACAUCCUGUACUUUUCUUUGGUUUUAAGGUUCUAGAGGUUUAGAUAAAAUAAGGUUAUUGUCCUUUAAAUAUUGAUGAACUCAUUACCACUUAAGGGGUGUAAGUGGUGGUUGGUGAUUGAGAGGUCAGCUGUUUGCUUGUUUGGGUGGUGGUUGCUCCCCACCACCCCAACCCCUUGUUUAUCCAGCCGUGUGGCAUCUAACAGAGUGGAUGGAUAUGUGACGAUACAUGGAACUAGAGAAGGAACCUUCAGAUCUGCUGCCUGGGUGAGGAUCAAGGGAAGGUUUUUCUCCUUCUUGUGCUUUUUCUCUCACUCUAACCACCUUAAUUAUGUUUAUGAGAAAAUACCCCAGAUUGUCAAAAUAAAAAUGGAGGACUUUGCUGAAA